GAGACAGAAGAGGAAGGCGUGAUGGCACGAGAGCGAGCGCGCGAGAGAUGCGGAUCUGCCCCAGGACGCGCGUAGACAAACGGACGCACGGGAUAUACGCGGACGCGCUUUCCUACACCCUCAGGGGGCACUGAGGGAGAAAUCACCCCCCAGCACCCUCCGGGAGCGCGAGGUGGCAUUUGGAAGCAGGGGCAGAUAGACUGGCUUUAGCCUCCCCGGAUCGCCGGUGGCGCGCGCGCGCGGAGGAGGCGGCGGGACUGUGGAGCGAGCUUUUCCCCGCUGGAUCUCGACGGUCACUCGGAUAUUGAAGAGAGAGAACGUCUUUCUGACCUUGAGGUGCUCCAGGUUUACCCACCUGUAACACUGUAGGAGAACACACUUUGUCAGGUGAAGACAUAGUGGCUUACAGCAGUCCAGAACUCUGGCCGUGUCCAAUCCUGUCUAACAAACCCAACUUCACACUUUCUCAUCUAGCAGAAAGGGCCAUCUUCACUAACAUCGGUCAGCGGGGAGGGGUCAUGUGGGCACUACGGAUGCUCCUAUUGGCCAGCCUGCUGGGGCCUGCUGCUCUGGCGUUCGGCCGUGCUCCGGUGCCGAUGGCGGUGGUCCGGAGGGAGCUGUCCUGUGAGAGUUAUCCCAUCGAGCUGCGCUGUCCUGGCACUGACGUCAUCAUGAUUGAGAGCGCCAACUAUGGGCGGACAGAUGACAAAAUCUGCGACGCUGACCCUGCGCAGAUGGAGAACACGCGCUGCUACCUGCCUGACGCUUACAAGAUCAUGAGCCAGAGGUGUAAUAACAGGACUCAGUGUGCGGUGGUUGCUGGACCAGAUGCUUUUCCUGACCCCUGCCCUGGAACCUACAAAUACCUGGAGGUCCAGUAUGAGUGUGUCCCAUACAAAGUGGAACAGAAAGUCUUCCUGUGCCCUGGCCUGUUGAGAGGAGUGUACCAAAGUGAGCAUCUCUUUGAAUCAGACCACCAGUCGGGCGCCUGGUGCAAAGAUCCCCUGCAAGCUUCGGAGAAGAUCUACUACAUGCCCUGGACACCUUAUCGCACAGAUACCCUCACCGAAUAUUCCAGCAAGGAGGAUUUUGUGGCUGGCCGUCCCACCACCACUUAUAAGCUUCCUCACCGGGUGGACGGCACAGGAUUUGUGGUCUAUGAUGGGGCACUUUUCUUCAACAAGGAGCGCACCCGGAAUAUCGUCAAGUUUGAUCUUCGGACUCGCAUCAAGAGCGGAGAGGCCAUCAUCGCCAGCGCCAACUACCACGAUACUUCACCCUACCGUUGGGGAGGGAAGUCCGACAUUGACCUUGCAGUGGAUGAAAAUGGCCUUUGGGUGAUUUACGCCACAGAAUCCAAUAAUGGACGCAUUGUGAUCAGCCAACUCAACCCCUACACCCUCCGGGUUGAAGGUACCUGGGAUACGGCCUAUGACAAGCGCUCGGCCUCCAAUGCCUUCAUGAUCUGUGGAAUCCUCUAUGUUGUCAAGAGUGUCUACGAGGAUGAUGACAGCGAGGCCACAGGCAACAAGAUUGACUACAUCUACAACACAGAGCUGGGCAAGGAUGGAUACCUGGACAUCCCGUUUCCCAACUCCUAUCAGUACAUCGCAGCUGUGGACUAUAAUCCCAGGGACAACCUGCUCUACGUCUGGAAUAAUUACCAUGUGGUCAAGUACUCGCUGGAUUUUGGAGCACUGGACAGUCGACCAGAGUCUUCUUCUUCCGUUCACAUCUUGAUGGACACCACGACCACCAGGACCACCACUCGCCCCACCACGGUCUCCAUGACGACCACGACAACCACCACUACCACCAUGACCACCAAAACCACCACCACAAAGGCUCCAGCGCUGACCACCGCUGUCCCACGUAGUACCACCACGGAGCUCCAGCCUGCAGGGGGCGCUGUCCCAGAGUCCAGCACUCGCCCCCCACCCUCCUCCAUACUGCCCAACGUCGCUGUGGAGUUCUGUAAUCCCACUGUGGAGGCAGAGCUUACCUGGCCCAAAACACGGCAAGGCCUGGUUGCAAUGCAGCCGUGUCCUGCUGGAACUAUAGGCACUGCUUCGUUUGCCUGUUUGGGACCUGAAGGAUUGUGGGACCUGCAGGGACCAGAUCUCAGCAACUGCACUUCGGCCUGGGUCAACAUCAUCAACCAAAAGAUCAAAGCUGGAGAGCCGGCGGCCAUCAUCUCUCGAGAGCUUUCAGAGCAGACCAAAAGCCACGUCCAUGCGGGGGAUGUCACCUACACGGUCCAGGCGCUGGGUCAGCUGGUGGAGCUGCUGGACGUCCAGCUCCGAAAUCUGACCCCCGGAGGCAAAGACAGUGCUGCCCGCAGCCUUAAUAAGGCGAUGGUGGAGACGGUGAAUAACUUGCUGCAGCCUCAGGCGCAGUCGGCCUGGAAAGAGCUUUCGGCCAGCCAGCAGCUCCGCGCCGCCACCAUGCUGCUGGACACGGUGGAGCAGGGCGCCUUCGUGCUAGCCGAUAACCUGCUGAAGACAGACGUGGUCCAGGAGAACACCAACAACAUCCAGUUGGAGGUGGCUCGGAUGAGCACAGACGGAAAUCUGCCUGACCUGAAGUUUCCUCAGACGGGAGACCAGAGCAACUCCAUUCACCUGUCUGCCAACACCCUGAAGCAGCACGGCAGGAACGGUGAGAUCCGCAUGGCGUUUGUGCUCUAUAAGCACCUGGGCACGUACCUGUCCACUGAAAACGCCAGCAUGAAGUUCAGCAACGAAGCCCUCGGUACCAACUACUCCGUCAUCGUCAACUCACCCGUCAUUACAGCCGCCAUUAACAAAGACAGCAACAAGGUUUACCUGUCCGACCCCGUCAUAUUCACUGUCCGCCACAUACAGCAGUCGGAGGAGAACUUCAACCCCAACUGCUCUUUCUGGAGCUACUCCAGACGCAGCAUGACGGGCUUCUGGUCCACGCAGGACUGCCGCCUCCUCGGCACCAAUCGCACUCACACCACCUGCUCCUGCACUCACCUAACAAACUUCGCUGUGCUCAUGGCCCACGUGGACGUCAAGAACGCUGACCCGGUGCAUGACCUCUUGCUGGACGUGAUCACGUGGGUGGGGAUUUUACUCUCCCUCGUCUGUCUGCUCAUCUGCAUCUUCACCUUCUGCUUCUUCCGGGGCCUGCAGAGUGACCGCAACACCAUCCACAAGAACCUCUGCGUCUCACUCUUCAUUGCUGAAACACUCUUCCUAACAGGCAUCAACCGCGCUGACCAGCCCAUUGCCUGUGCGGUGUUUGCGGCCCUGCUGCACUUCUUCUUCCUGGCGGCGUUUACCUGGAUGUUUCUGGAGGGUGUUCAGCUCUACAUCAUGCUGGUGGAGGUGUUUGAAAGCGAACACUCAAGGAAACGUUAUUUUUACCUGACCGGAUACGGCAUCCCUGCGCUCAUAGUGGCCGUUUCUGCUGCAGUGGACUACAGGAGCUACGGGACGGAGAGAGUGUGCUGGUUGCGUCUGGACACGUACUUCAUCUGGAGUUUUAUAGGGCCUGCCACCCUCAUCAUUAUGCUGAACGUCAUCUUCCUGGGCAUCGCUCUCUACAAAAUGUUCCAUCACACGGCCAUACUGAAGCCUGACUCCGGCUGCCUGGACAACAUCAAAUCGUGGGUGAUCGGUGCUAUAGCUCUGCUGUGUUUGCUGGGUCUGACCUGGGCGUUUGGUCUGAUGUACGUGAACGAGAGCACAGUGAUCAUGGCCUAUCUCUUCACCAUCUUCAACUCUCUACAGGGCAUGUUCAUCUUCAUCUUCCACUGCGUCCUGCAGAAGAAGGUGCGUAAAGAGUAUGGAAAGUGUUUGCGGACUCAUUGCUACAGUGGAAAGAGUGUGGACUCAUCUAUGGGAUCCAGCAAAAGCUCCGCCUCCCGCGCACCUGGGCGCUACUCGAGCAGCUCGCAGAGUCGUAUCCGUCGGAUGUGGAACGACACAGUGAGGAAACAGUCUGAAUCGUCCUUCAUCACUGGAGACAUCAACAGCUCAGCCACCAUCAACAGAGGUGCUAUGGCCAACCAUCUCAUCUCAAACGCUCUCCUGCGACCGCACGGCUCAAACAACCCCUAUAACACUUUAGUAGGGGAUUCGGCCGUGUAUAACAACCCACCACUCAGCAUGUACAACACGCAAGAGGGAAUUCUGAACAAUGCCCGGGAUACAAGUGUCAUGGAUACUCUACCACUGAAUGGUAACCACGGCAACAGCUACAGCCUGGCUGGCGCGGACUAUGUGAGCGACUGCGUGCGGAUUAUUGAGCGCGGCUUCGGCGGGCCACACCCAGAGACCACGCUGGAGAAGCGCAUCCUCAAAGAGCUGACUUCCAACUACCUGCCCUCUUACCUGAACAACCGUGAGCGCUCGGCCGAGCACAGCCGCAACCUCGUCAACAAGCUGGUCAACAACGUCGGAAACGUGGCGCACGUGAGCAACAUGAGCCACGUCAGCAAUCUCACUAACCUUAGCAACAACGGUAGCAUCCGAGGCAAAGAUUCAUCUGUUUUGCCUGUUGAUCUCGCACUAGACCUGGAUGACUCUCCGGCUUUCGUGCCGGAUGAGGGUCUGGGCCUGGAGCUGAUCCGCGAGGAGUCAGAUUCGGAUGCACCGCUGUUGCCACGACAGCGCCCCUCCCUUCCCGCCCAGUCCCUCUCAUCUUUUGGCCCUGGCUCUGCCCCUUCCGCCUCCCGCCGGCUCCUCCCUCAGGAGAACAGUGAGAGUUUUUUUCCUCUCCUGACGGAAGAACAGCGUGAAGAGACGCCCGAGCCCCAGAGAGACUCAUCUGAGUCACCCGAGUCGCGGCUGGAUGCCCGCACGCUGCCCAGAGGAGGCGGAGAAGGGCACACGCAUGCUGAGCCUGAUGAUGUGUACUACAAGAGCAUGCCCAACCUGGGCUCACGGAACCACCUGCACCAGCUGCACUCUUACUACCAGCUAGGCCGUGGCAGCAGCGAUGGCUUCAUCGGUCCUGCGAGCAACAAGGACGAAGCGUCUUCUUCUUCAGCCGACGGAACGCCGCAGGAGCCCCCCCACCUUGUCACCAGCUUAUAGAGCAGUUUAGCGGUCACUAAACCCUGGUCCUGGAGAUCUACCUUAUUGCAGAAUCUAGUUCCAACUUAAAUCUGACUCUGAUAGUCGACCAAUUCAUGCUCUCUUAUUUGAUUUAUCCGUGCUUUGCCCACAAAUGCAUUUUUUCAUAGCUACUGUUACAACAGAUGUUUUCCGUAGUUGGACUUUGCUCAUGCUGAACAGAAUUUUUGCCAAAGUUCUAUAAAGCUUGUCAAAGUUUUCAACAUUCUAUGAAAGAAUGCAUUUAUGGGCCGAGCAUGUCAGUUGAGUUGCAUCAUUCGGCAGCAGAUGUUAGCCAGCUAGGUAGCUUACUUGCUCCAUUAGCUAGCUAGCUGAGGUGUUAGCUAACAGUAAUGGUAAGGCAAAGGUUUGUUAGCCAAAAUGAUAUAUUUCAGAGAAGGGAAGCCGCAGUUACAUUAUUUCAUUUAAAAUGACAUAAAAACGAAUGACUUAAUCACACUUAAUCAGUGUGUAUGCUAGCUAACUAGCUAACAUGACUGUGAAGGUAGAUAAACCUUUGUUACUUUGAAGGAGAAGUGUGCAGCUGCAAAAACUUGGGCUUCUUUUGCCAAACCUGGCACUUCACACAGUUAAUCUCCAAAGAACACAAUGAUGUUUUUAGUCUUUGAUUGGCUAGAUUGGGUGCGUUAGCCUUAGAUUUGUUAGAUGUGGGUUGGAAGUAACCUCUGCAGACAAAGUGUAUCUUCAGGGGGAGGGUUGGUGACCACUGGUGCAUCGAUGCAAGCGCAACAUACAACCACCAGCUCCCUCUUCACAAACACACACACACACACCGUUCUGACUCCCGUGACUCAUACCGAAGCCCCCUUCUCCUCGCGUGGUCUCCUUUGCUUUCCUGUACCGGUCCCUCGUCCGCAGUCGUAGACAUUUCUUGUAUGUGUUCUCGUGAAAUCGGAAAAACGAGGAAAAAAAACAAUGAAAAACUCUGAUUUUUGUAUUUGAAUUUAGAGAGGAUUGGACGAUUGUGGGUAUCUGGACGCAGACAUGGAUCGGACGUUCUUUGCAGACUCUUUAACAAGGGCAGCGAUUUCCCACGGUGGACUGGACCCCUCAUGGAUUAAUGUAUUAUUUAGUCGGUCGAGAGAUAAACUGUUCGCGUUCGUGCGUCCCAAAGGAUUUACAAAAACACAGUCAGAAACAUUUCUACUACUGACGCAGUGCAUAGACUCGGCAGCAGUCGAAUCAGAUGGAGGAGACACUGAAAAAGACUAUUUUAAUACACUUCUUUAUCUGACAUUUUGCUUUUUAAAUGUUUUUUCUUCCUGUCCGAUGAGGUCGGUACACUUUGCUGCAGUAGUCCCGAUAAGUGGAGUGAAAGGCCGGAGGUUUUGGAAAACGCGUCGCAAAAAAGGAUGACUUUAUCACACAACAUGCCGUAGAGCAUAUUUUUUGUUUUCCGUUUUUUGCUGUAUUAAUAACAAAUAUUAAAAAGUGGAGACAAAAAAACUAAUAUCAGAGAAUUAUAAGAUAUUUCUAUGUAAGUGUACAGCUACUAGCAAUUGAACAGUCUGCUUUUAUUUUUCCGUCUCUCCGUAAGCGUGGUGAUUUAGAAUCGGUUUUCGGUCUGGACUUCAAUCCCGCUCUCAUCUUCUCUUCCUUUGUUUUUUUCUUUCUUUUACGAUUCAGUAUGAACAGCAGCAGCAAAUAAAAUCACAGAAAAAAAAGUUAAAAAAGCAAAAAUAAAAAAAGUCCAUGUAACCACCAAUGAUUUUUUUCCCCCUCUGUGACUUUUUCUCAUUGUUUCUGAAAAAAUAAUUCAUUUUCCGACUGAGUUUCUUUAAUGUGUAGAUAUAGGUGAUAAUAAAAAGGAAACGUUUGGAAAAAUGUUGCCAUUCUGAGGGCAAAAGUCCAAAUUCCUCACGAAUUUGACAGCAGAGGAAGACUCCAGUGAUGAUAAAAAAGAAUGAUCUCCAUGUUGAUAAUGCACUAGGCACUUGUAUAAAAAUGAUGGGGAGGUUGUACUCAUUAAAGAUCGAUGUUUGGAGUGAGAAAACUGCAAACCCGUCUGUGUGUGUUUUCAUUCCAGCUGGGCCAGUAGAAGACGGUUAUUUAUUUCAAUCAACAAACACAAAGAGGAGGGAAAAUAAAAGAAAAAAAAAACUAUCAGCGAAAUGUCCGCCGCUAAAAUUAGCCACACACAUUAUAGUUUUUACCAUCGCAAAGGUGAUCAUGGAUUUUAUUUAUUCUUUUAUUUUUUUCUUUUGUAUUGAUUUUUGAAGUUGAAUGACCUCCUAACUAAUAUUUGUUGUAACAGUGAAACUUGUUUGCCAACAAAUAAAUUACUGAUUAAGACUGAA